AGUAACUUCACUAAAUGUGUCACAGUUACCAACAAUUGAAUUGGUUGAUGAUCAGGUGAGUCAAAAUCUGUUCUGAAAGCUUAGCAAUGGUCACAUUAAUAGAUGGUUUGAAAAGUUAAUUACUCUUUUGUCAGGUUAUUGUGCUGUGAUGCUUAGAGUGCAAUACAGAGACCAAACAUCCACUCCUUGGUGUGUGGAGUGGGAGCCACUCUGUCACGUACAGAUGGGAACGUUGGCUUUCUUUGUGUCCUUGUGUGCUUUAGCUUCCUGUAGCCAGUGUAGCUGCAAUAAAUACCGGGGUAAGUGACCAUUUGGCUCAGAGCAUUUAACUCAGUUCAAUUCGCAGGUAGGUCUUUGAGGUCUUCUCUGCAGGGGCAUUAGCUAUGAAAUCCCAGCUUUGAUCUGGCACCUCUGGAAGACAGCCGAAGUGCGCGAAGCACCCGUGGUCUUCUGUGCCUUAGCAACAGCAGCUCGUGCUGGGUGGCUGUUUGCCUUCUCCUGGAAUGCAGACGCGCAGUUGUGGGCUUGGCCUGAGUUGCCAGGAGAAUAACUGAAAGUGGUGGGGAGUCUGCGGCCGAGGCGUGCCGAGCUGAGGUCGCUUUCACCAGCCCAUCGAGUAUGGCCGCACUUGAGUGUUGCACGCAGCCUGCUUCUGCGAAGUGGUACGACCGAAGGGACUAUGUCUUUAUUGAAUUUUGCGUUGAAGACAGUAAAGAUGUUAAUGUAAAUUUUGAAAAAUCCAAACUUACAUUCAGUUGUCUUGGAGGAAGUGAUAACUUUAAACAUUUAAAUGAAAUUGACCUUUUUAAUAAUAUUGAUCCAAAUGAAUCAAAGCAUAAAAGAACAGACAGAUCUAUCUUGUGUUGUUUACGAAAAGGAGAAUCUGGUCAGGCAUGGCCAAGGUUAACAAAAGAGAGGGCAAAGCUCAACUGGCUCAGUGUGGACUUCAACAACUGGAAAGACUGGGAAGAUGACUCAGAUGAAGACAUGUCCAAUUUUGAUCGCUUUUCUGAGAUGAUGAACAACAUGGGCGGAGAUGACGACGUAGACUUGCCAGAAGUAGAUGGGGCAGAUGAUGACUCACCAGACAGUGAUGACGAAAAAAUGCCGGAUCUGGAGUAAGGAAAACUGUCGUCUUCAGGGUUUGGGGAAAGAACUUCAUCACAACAUUUCAUAAUUGAGAUAAGAAUUCCUGAGUUGAUAGCCCUAAAGGGAGAUCCUGCAUCCUUUAACCCAUUUUCAGUCCAUUUUAAAUGGCUUCACUGAUGGUAGGUGUGUACCGUUGCACGGGGCGGUCUUAAGCCACGAGAGGCAAUAAUGUUAUGCAUGAACCGUUUUCCAGACUUCCAAAAAAAAAACAAAACCCAAUUGAGGUGUAGGCAAUCGAUACAGAACAGUUGCAAUAAAGUUUACAGAGCCUCCUUGCCUCGUAGCAGAUAUAAUUACAAUGGGAGAAUCCUGAAUUUACACCAAGUGGUAAAUGAGCAUUUUUCCCCUCUGCGGCCUGAAAUUGUACGUUUGUACCGGGAACAAAACUGGCUGAAACAAGGCUGUUGUCAUUGGCUCACAAAAUUCAGCAGGUGACGCGCAGUACCGCUGUGGUGUCUUCAGGUCUGUUCCGCUAAAGUUCGUAUUGAAAAGGAAACAAAUUUCUCCUCGUUUGGUGUUUCAUCGCAAGUCCCGUGCCCCCGAGCCGGCACGGGUGGCUGGAGCCUCUCCCCCGGUACCGUUUGACCCUCAAGCUUUACAUCUCCUCGCCCGGGGCGCAAGUGGCUGUGCGUUGUUGCUUGUCAAUCUGUACAUUUAGACCAAAUCGUAUUUGCACUGUGGGUAUGGAAGUGAGUGACAGACCGUGGGGCGUACACGCGCGGGUGGCUUCUAACCAGGCUGAAAAACCUCAAUUUAUGUUCAGAGCAGCGGGGAUUUUUUUAAUGUCUACAUUCUUUCUAAUAAACUGUUGAAGACUCCC